AAGAGAUAUUUUGAUUUGAGUAACUUGUCGUGAAUGAUUGGUUGGAAUGAGAGCUGACGAAUGGCUAUAAUAAAGUCAGGUCAACCGUUGUCUUAUAUUAUAACUUCUUUUAGUUUGCCAUCUUAUCAUUGUGCUGGGUGUAAAAAUGUUCGUUUAUUUGGGAAGAAGAUUCUCCGUUCAACGGGAAACCGCGGUUGUGUAAUGCAGACAAGUACUGUUCAGUAUCCCGCUGACUCGGAAACCAAAGUCAGUGUUUCCAAUAUUGAUGAACACAGUUCAAAGGUUUUGAAGGAAUUUUCCAAAAAAGCGGUGAGAAACGAAGUUGAGGAUGAUGACCAACUUCCUCUUGUGUUUAACCUGCAAGCUAUUACCAGCUAUUGGGAACGUAGACAGGUUGAGUCAAGGAGGAGAUAUUUUGAAGUUGUCUCACGAAUAUUACCUUUUUUCAUUAAAGUGUUAUUGGAAAGUCGCUCUGGAAAGCUUCGAGAGACAGAGACCGAAAGAGCCAUAGAGUUCCGUGAAAUGUUGACCUAUCUGGGACCCACAUUUAUUAAGCUUGGACAGUCUUUAUCCAUUCGACCAGACAUGGUUGGACCAGCUGCAAUGGAAGAACUUCAAAAGUUGUGUGACGCGGUGCCUCCUUUCUCUACUGAUAUAGCAUUAGCAAUGAUUGAAGAAGAACUUGGAAAAUCUGCAGAUAAACUCUUUUCUGAAAUUUCAGAGAAACCGAUUGCAGCUGCUUCUCUAGGUCAAGUAUAUUACGCCAAGUUGAAGUCAACUGGUGAGGAGGUAGCUAUCAAAGUACAACGACCAGAUAUGUUGAAGAAAGUAACAUUGGAUUUGUAUGUCAUGCGGAAAGUAGCUGCCAUUAUGGAAAUUUUACAAGAGAAGUUGACAGCAAGUAGAGUACAAUACAGAGCAUUGCUUGACCAAUGGUCGAGAAGUAUGUAUUUGGAAUUGGAUUAUGUGAAUGAAGGCAAGAAUGCUGUGAGGUUUUCCAAGGGCUUACAGGGCAAUUCUGACGUAUAUGUCCCUCGAGUAUACUUUGAAUAUACUUCCAGGAGAGUUUUGACGAUGGAAUGGAUUCAUGGAAAGAAGCUAGCAAAGAGUGAACCUGCUGAAAUUCGGAGAUUGGUGACUGUUGGUGUCAACUGCUUUUUGAAUCAGUUACUAGGGACAGGGUUUUUUCAUGCAGACCCGCAUCCUGGAAAUCUUCUAGUCGAUAACAAAGGAAGAUUAGUUAUUUUAGACUUUGGUUUGAUGAGUGAAGUUGAAAAGUCUCAAAUGGAUCGAAUGAUAACAGCAAUUAUUCAUUUAGCAAAUCGAGACUAUAAAAAAGUCGUGGAUGAUUUCAUUUUUCUUGGAUUUCUUCCAGACAAUGUAGACAAAGGAAGGAUAGGCUCUAUGCUUGGUGUUGUUCUCGACCAAGCUUUGCAAGGAGGUGGCGCAAAGAAUAUCAACUUUCAAAAACUGUCAUCGCAAUUAUCGGAAAUUACUUUUGAACUUCCAUUCCAAAUACCUCCGUAUUUUGCGUUGAUUAUACGAGCUCUUAGCGUCUUGGAAGGCAUUGCAUUGGUUGGAAAUCCUCAUUUUAAGAUGAUUAUGGAAGCAUUUCCCUACGUUUCUAAUCGACUUUUAACAGAUGAUUCGCCUUAUUUGAAACAAGCCUUGAGAGAAAUAUUGUAUAAGAAUGGACAAUUCUCACCUAAGAGAUUGCGAGUGUUAGUCGACUCUGCGCAAGGUUUUAUAGAGAAUGGAGAAGCCUUUGUCGAUUUCGAUACACCUCCAGAAGUGGGUGCUUCGACGUCACAGGUUUUGCAAUUUUUAGUUUCCGAUGAGGGUUCUGUUAUUAGAAAUCUUUUAGCGGAUGAAAUUGCCAAUGGCUUGGAUCUUUGGUUGCGUCACUUUUUGCAGCAAUUGCGGACAUCUUUGUUGGCACCAUUCCCUGUGUCUAUUCGUUCUUAUAUCCCACUUCCAUUGACGAUGAGACUUGCAGAGCCUUUGGAAACCAAGGACUAUUAUUACAUGGAGAACAUGCAACAAGCAGUGAUGUUUCUAUUAACAGACCGUAACAAUGUUGGUAGUGAAACAGUGUCUCCGUUGAUGUUGCAAAAGAUUACAGCCUCGUUUAUGACAGAGGAAGUUGUACAUGUGUUGCCUCGAUUGAUAAAAGAGUCAGUUGGAUGGAAUCGUCGAGUGUUUCGGAAGUUGUUGGAAAUGUACUUGAAACGACUUGGUGAUGAAAUAUUUGCCAAAUAGUAAUAGCAGUAUUAGAAUUUUGUACGAUAUCGUUGUAGUAAAAUGAG